AUGCGUGUCAUACGGGCGUGCACAGGCGUGAGCAGGUCACCCAAGACGCCUGUGCCCUCGGAGCCAGUCGAGAGCGAGGAGGACCAGGGCACCCACGACACAAGGGCGAGGGGCAGCAGGCACCGGGGGGGGGGCACCAAGAGCGCGGGGGAAGGCGAGGGGCUCAAGCUUACGAAGGACAGCAGAGGCUCUAAGGGCACGACGGACGGACGGGCGUCGUCGUUGGCGGUGGCAGUGAUGGUGGUGGUGGCCGAGGAGGGGGAGGAAAAGGAGGGAGGUCGAGCAGGAGUCGAAGAGUGGUGGCAGAGCGAGCGGCAGUGGAGGAGGAGGUCGUGCAAUGCGUCAAGGAGCGUGGCGGUCACCGCUGAGGCAGCCGUGGAGGAGAGGGGACACGACGGAGCGGCUGCCGCGUAUGGUAAGGAGAAGGAGGGUGCGGCGGAGCUGAAGGAACGAGAGGGCACGGUUGAGGUGAGCGCGCGGCGUACUCGAGUCGUCGAGCCUGCUGGCGUCCGUGGACAAGGGAGAGUGACUGCAGUAGAGGGCGAAGCGGGUGGCCUGCAGCGAGGACACAAGGAAGCGUGCGAGGAGCUGGUGCUUCUCGUGGCGGCGCAGCUGGUCAUGCAGAGCUGCCACUGCGUGCGGCCCUCCUAG